CAAGAGCUGGGCCAGGGGGAUGAACCGUGAAGGAGCACCCGGGAAGAGUCCGGAGGAGAUGUACAUUCAGCAGAAGGUUCGAGUGCUGCUCAUGCUGAGGAAGAUGGGAUCAAACCUGACAGCCAGCGAGGAGGAGUUCCUGCGCACCUACGCGGGAGUGGUCAGCAGCCAGCUCAGCCAGCUGCCACAGCACUCUAUCGACCAGGGUGCCGAGGAUGUGGUGAUGGCGUUUUCCAGGUCGGAGACGGAGGACCGGAGGCAAUAGCUGUAAACUCCUUGGAACACCCUGGAAGCUGUCAAGGGCCAAGAGAUCUGUGUGGCUCCUGGGCUGGCUGAGUGGCAGCAGACCACCAUCCCUCCCUCCCCCUACUCCUACCCCUCAGCCCCCCAACAGCCAUUGCCACAGCCGAUCAGCAGGGCUGGCAUCAAGGGAGACACCAGUGGUGCGUUUUCAUUUGGCUUAAAGGGAUGGACUCAUGAUUGGCUUCAGGAAGAAACCUUUUUAUUUUUAAACCUUGACCAAUGGAAACCUUUUAUUUUUA